AAGCUGUCCACGUCUGUUGCAAUGCAUUUGAAUAAUCUGUAGCCUACGACCUAAGUACCGGUGGCGCGCGAGCACUUUCCCUGGAUGCAAGUUCACUCUCCAUCUGCGAGGUCUCGUGCCAAGCUCGCCGCGCACUAGACUCAAGCAACCGCUACAUUAUAACUGUCUGAGAGGUGUGGUGCGUUCAACUCUGCAGUUGAAAAGUUUUUGAAGUACGUCUGGCUUGGCAGACUCAUAGUAAUAACUCAAGAAAGUGACCGUUAUAAGGUUCUGAAAGGAGUAUAUAAUUAGCCACUCUGUUUUGAGGAAAAGUAUGUUGUAGCAACCAGGAUAUUUCGCUUUGGGGAACUGGAUACAAACGAUUCAGCUUAUCGCCAUGGUCCACAAAUACGACACAGAGCGGGCGGUGGGUCUCCUGUCUCAGUACCAGGAGAACCUCACCCGUCCUGAAGAGCAGACUCUGAAGACCAACGUCGGGAAGGUGUCUGCCAUCUUCGGAAGCCAACUCUUCCAAGCACUGCUGGAUAUCCAGGAGUGCUAUGAGGUGACCCUGCAGCUCAACGCCUCUGACAACGGGCCAAAGGAGAACGGAGUGGAGAAGGAGGCCACGGAGCAGUCUACGGAGGAGGAAGAGGAGGAGAUGGAGGAGGGUGUGUCCCGCGUGCGUGUGACCAGCAGGAGGAGCCAGAAGGUGGAGAAUGUGUGUGGCCUGGUCAGCCGCUCACACGUCGAGGCUGCUAAGGCCAAUCCUCCCCCCAUCAUUGUCAACGCAGACUCUCUGGAUGCAGGCCCUUAUCAGGAUGGGAAAUGUCUGAGUUGUUUUGCCCAGCGAGUGGCUGACGUGAACAUCUCUUUGCAACAGGUGAACGGGAGCGACGGGAUGUACAAAUAUGAGGAAAUCAUCUUGGAAAGGGGCAACUCUGGUCUGGGCUUUAGCAUUGCCGGGGGGAUAGACAAUCCACACAUCCCAGACGACCCCGGAAUCUUCAUCACCAAGAUCAUACCAGGAGGAGCGGCCGCCAUGGACGGGAGACUCGGUGUGAACGACUGUGUGCUGCGCGUGAACGAGGUGGACGUGAGCGAGGUGGUGCACAGCCGGGCGGUGGAGGCCCUGAAGGAGGCGGGGCCAGUGGUCAGGCUGCUGGUCAGGAGGAGACAGGCCCCACCAGAGACCAUCCUGGAGGUCAACCUGCUCAAGGGACCCAAAGGGCUGGGCUUCAGUAUCGCGGGUGGCAUUGGUAACCAGCACAUCCCCGGAGACAACAGCAUCUACAUCACCAAGAUCAUAGAGGGCGGAGCAGCACAGAAGGAUGGACGACUGCAGACAGGGGACCGCCUGCUAGCCGUGAACAACAUCGUGCUGCAGGACGUGCGUCAUGAGGAGGCGGUGGCGGCGCUGAAGAACACCUCAGACAUGGUCUACCUGAAGGUGGCCAAGCCCGGCCCCGUACACCUCAACGACAUGUACGCACCCCCGGACUACUCCAGCACCUUCCCCGCCAUGGUGGACAACCACGUGGGCCACAACUCCAGCAUGGCCUACAUGGGGGCCAUGGAGCCCAAGCCCGUCUACCCGCCGCCCCAGGUCACCCCCUCCAGAUACUCCCCGGUGCCCCGACACAUGCUGGGGGAGGACGACUUCACCAGGGGAGAGCCCGUAUACAGCGCCAUCCACAAACCGCUGCCGGGGGAGCCUGGCGCCCCCUCCCCCCACCUGUGCAGCGGGGCGCUAGGGGAACCCCCCGCCCCGUCGCCAGCCGCCUGUCAAAGCCUGGUGCCCUACAUCGGCAGGGAGCCGCGCAAGGUGCUGCUGCAUAAGGGCUCCACGGGCCUGGGCUUCAACAUCGUGGGCGGAGAGGACGGGGAGGGCAUCUUCGUCUCCUUCAUCCUGGCCGGAGGACCCGCCGACCUCAGCGGAGAGCUGCGGAGGGGCGACCGCAUCCUCUCGGUGAAUGGCGUGAACCUGCGCAACGCCACCCACGAGCAGGCGGCAGCCGCGCUGAAGAGGGCCGGGCAGACCGUCACCAUUAUCGCUCAGUACAGACCCGAGGAGUACAGCCGCUUCGAGUCCAAGAUCCACGACCUGCGGGAGCAGAUGAUGAACAGCAGCAUGAGCUCCGGCUCGGGCUCCCUGCGCACCAGCGAGAAGAGAUCCCUCUACGUCAGGGCUCUGUUCGAUUACGACCGCACCAGGGACAGCUGCCUGCCCAGCCAGGGCCUGAGCUUCUCGUAUGGGGACAUCCUGCAUGUCAUCAACGCCUCCGAUGACGAGUGGUGGCAGGCGCGCCUCGUCACGCCCCACGGGGAGAGCGAACAGAUCGGGGUCAUCCCCAGCAAGAAGAGGGUGGAGAAGAAGGAGAGGGCGCGGUUAAAAACGGUCAAGUUCCACGCCAGGACGGGCAUGAUCGAGUCCAACCGGCCGGUCAAAGUAAAGCGCAAAAAAAGCUUCAACCUGUCCCGCAAGUUCCCCUUUUACAAGAGCAAGGAGAACAUUGUGCAGGAGUUUGUGGAGUCUGAACAAUGCUUGACUUCCAACACAAGUGACAGUGAAAGCAGUUCAAAAGGACAAGAGGAUUCCAUUUUGUCCUAUGAGCCAGUGAUCCGACAGGAGAUUCACUACACGCGGCCUGUGAUCAUCCUGGGCCCCAUGAAGGAUCGAGUGAAUGACGACCUGAUCUCAGAGUUCCCACACAAGUUCGGAUCAUGCGUCCCACACACCACCCGCCCGCGGCGAGAGAACGAGAUGGACGGCCAGGACUACCACUUCGUGGUCUCGCGGGAGCAGAUGGAGAAGGACAUCCAGGACAACAAGUUCAUCGAGGCCGGACAGUUCAACGAGAACCUCUACGGAACCAGUGUCCUGUCUGUCCGGACCGUUGCCGAAAGGCAGAUGAAACACUGUAUCCUGGACGUGUCCGGGAAUGCCAUUAAGAGACUGCAACAAGCACAACUUUACCCCAUCUCCAUUUUCAUCAAGCCAAAAUCCAUUGAAGCUCUGAUGGAACUGAAUAAGCGACAGACAUAUGAGCAAGCCAAUAAAGUGUUCGACAAGGCGAUGAAGCUUGAACAAGAAUUUGGAGAAUUUUUCACAGCCAUAGUCCAGGGUGACUCACUAGAGGAGAUCUACAAUAAGAUCAAGCUGAUCAUCGAGGAGCAGUCGGGGCCCUACAUCUGGAUCCCAUCCUCCGAAAAGCUUUGAGCUGCCUGCUCCACAUCUCUCCCUCUUUCCUUUCUCUCUUUCUCUCUCUCUCUCUUUCUCUCUCUCUCUCUCUGUGCGAGUGUGUGGAGCAACCCCUUGCCACCCCCCUGGCCAACCCCACCUCCCUCCCUCCCCCACUCAGAGACUCCCUGUCCCCCCAUACCCAAGCCAACCCAACGCCUCCCGCCCUCCGACCCCGUCCCCCUUUUUACAGAUAUGUUUCAUAUCAAAAAUUUUAGUGUCAUCAUUAUGUUACUCUCAAAAUGAAAGAAAAAAAAGAAGUCUUAUCACCAUUACUGUGACUGUGCACAUCCUCCCUGCAUGAGUUUCUCAGCAAUUCCAUUCAAGACUGGAAAUGCCGAUCCAAAUGAUGAUUUUUUUUUUCAUGUAAACUAAAAAGGGAAAAAAAUGAACAAAAUCCUUGAUGGAAAACCAAGACGGACAGACGGGCGAAGGAAGAAUGUCUUAAGAUGCUGGCUGUCAAGUGGGAUUUUUUCCCCCCUGAUUUUUUUUCCUUUUGUUUUUUAAAGACUGUGUGUGAAUUGAGACAAAUCGUUAUAUUAUAUUAUAUAUAUAUAUAUAUGAAACUGGACCUCUGAGAUGUUCAUCCAAUCACAUUAUUAAACAAAGACAGACAAUACUGAGCAAAGAGCAAUGAGGUUUUCUACAAGGACUGGACUGGACUGGAUGAUGAGGAUGGACGACAGAGCCUGCUGACUGGUUUCUGAUAACUUGCAGAAUCAUUGCUCGUGUUUAUAAAUAUAUAUAAAAUAUAUACCUUAGGGGAAGAGAUCGGUGAAAUAACGGAGAAACCCACUAGUAACUGGUUUCUUCCGGAAAAAACAAACCAGCUUGCUGUUUGGUUGGUUGGUUGACUGCCCAAGUUAUUUGUGAAGCAGUCAGUCAAUAAAGACACCUUUUGAGGGAAACAGAACAACAUGGAGGGUGUGAAGGGGCGAUAUGAAUCAUUUGUAUUUCUGAAAUCACAAAGUAAAAAAACAGAUCCUAUGGAGAGAUUUUACUACAUAUUAAAAAUACUACGGUACACAUUUUACACAUCACUAGAAGUUGUCUACUUGGAGGGCUGUUAGAUUACUUUUUUGUCCUUGGUUUUAGUGUUUUAUUUUUUUCUUUUCUUUUUGUUUUUGUUUUCUUGUGGUUUUUAGCUGCUCUGUAAAAAUGGAUGGGGGUAGAGAGGUGUAACUGGGCUCUCUGCAAAACACCAAACUGCCUUAUGAUACGAUUAUGUCAAAUUGCUUGUGUGUUCAUCAAGGGGGGUAAAGCUACAAAAUUAUUCAACUCUAAUCCAAAUCAGUGCGCACUUGAAGGUUUCCCUUUUCCUCUACAAUAAAAACAGUAGAUCUAAACUUAAAUAGUGCAAACUGAGAGGACUGAAGUGUCUUACCUUUGUGAUGUUUUUUCUUUUUUUUUUACAAAAACCUUCAGUGUUUAUCAAUAUCCUCUUUUUUCUUUAUCUUAAAAACCACGAAAAACACGGCCAAGACAAAAAAAUAAAUACAAAAAAAAAAUGAAAAUCUGAUUUUUGGCAGCCAAAGCUCCCUGGCCCCGAUCUUGAGCAGCAGAAAGCCCAUUUCCACUUCCUCUGCCCUCCUGAGACGACUCCCUUCAGUUGGAAAGGUGACACGGUACUGUCCUGUAAGCCGCCCCAAUAUGUGUGUGCGGGCCGGCCUGAAAAACGGGUAGAUCAGAAAUUAAUUAAUUGUAUUGGAUGUUCUUCUUCUGAUUAAUUAAAAAAGAAAGUCAAUAUAGCCUGAUCUGGACUAUUUUCCACCCCCUCCUCCCCGCCUCUUAACUUUUGACAAAAAGUAAAAUCUAUUUGUUCUGUAUAUUUACGAGACAUGAUGAUACUUUUAUAUCCUUAUGUCCUAGGUAAGUUGCUCCACGCCACUGUGUUGAACCUCGUGCUUGGGGGAGGAGAGGAGAGGAGAGGGGAGGGCGAAGAGUCAGGUGAUGAGCGUUGCAUGGCAUGGCUCGCUCAAGAAUCUUGACACAGGACAUGGGCAGCAUUUUUCAACAGGGGAAAAAGAAGGGGGCAAGAGGAUUUUUCUACUGAGCCAGACAAGAAUCCAUUCUCAUUACGAGAGCUGCUGGUGGCGAGUGAUCAGUUAUUUAGCACAGCAUCUCAAGGGCAUUUUUACAUUCAGAAUUGGGGCUGUCUGGUCUGACUGACCAGAAAUCACAUACAUUCCAAUUUAUUUUGUGCGGUGCGACAACAUUAAUCACCCCGACCCUACUACCUGGGCACAGUCACAUGAACAGUUUGGAGGAAAGGAGAAUAGAAGAGACAAAUUACUUGCUUGUAUGGGAGAAAGCCGCACCACACCCAGCUUGUUUACUGGUUCCUCUUCCAUCAUUUGUUUAUUUACUUUUUGCCAACUUUAGGCCAUUGGAAAUCAAGAGU